AGAACGGUGAAGAUCAUGGGGUAUAAGAGGUCUGCUCAACAUUCAUGAGGACAUCAGUUUUUCCCUGCGCUCAUCACUAGUGCAAUUCUGGAUAAUCGAAUCGACGAAUAAUUAUCGAAAUGGUGAAACUGUAUUUGCUGGUGAUUUUAGCUGCUGUUGUGGUGAACGCUCUGGCACUUUCGGAGCAACGAGGCGAUGAACAAGUUGACGACGACCCGAUGGCUCCAAGAAUCAUCAGAUCUGCUGACGCGCUUCCGGAUCCUCAUCACCAUCGAAGGUACUAUGGAGGCGGUGGUGGAUAUCACAGGGGAGGAUACUACAAAGGGGGUGGAUACUACAAGGGUGGUGGGUACUACAGCGGACGAUACGGAUAUCAUGGAUGAGUGGAGACUGUCCGAGUGAUGUUGAUGGGCUUCAUACAACGUCAAUGGAUUUUCCUCUGGAUACCAUUGACGGACAAGAUGAAUAACUGAUAAUGAAUUGAUCAACAGUAGAUAUUUUUCCAGCAGUGUUUCAAUAAGGUGAACCUGUGUUUAAGUGUAAAUAAUAGAAUUUGUAGACAGUCUUCACAUUUUUAAUAAUAAAACUAAUGUACAUAAAUAUUAUAA